AUGGCGGUGACCGAGCACCGAACACCGAUGGAACCAAGCACCCAGCUGACUGAGCACCGAGGGAACCGAGUACCGCGGGGACCGAGUACACCAGGUACCCGCCCCCAGCUGUCAAUCACCCUGUGCCCUGCCCACUUCCCCAUUUCCAGCUGUCCAUCACCCGCCUGUCAAUCACUCAGUUCCUCUCCCAGAAUAGGAAGUGCAGUCGAUGGCGACCGGGUGACCGCCCGGCCCAGCCCACCCCGCAAGGCCCCGCCCCUAGCCGCCAUGUUGCUCCCGCUCUUCGCCACCCUGACCCUCGCUUCUCUAACCGCGGAGGCGGGACUUCGGGUUGACUCCAAGCUGACGUGGCCCCGCCCGGUGCCCGAAGGCCCCGCACCAGAAGUCCCGCCCCCUCCCACGCCCUCUUCCCUGAACCUGACCUUCGACCCUGGCACCUGGACGCUGACCUGGCUCUGCUCCAGUGACAUCACGGUGACAUCAUGCUACGUGAACUUCACCCUGCACGGGAGGCCGACAAGGCGCAGGAUGCAGAAUCCUCUUGGGUGCCGCUGCCAGUUCAGGCUCCUGACCCUGCACCUCGGGGUCACGCUGGGGGUCAACGCCACCAUGGGCAAUGUCACCAUCCACGAGAGGCUGGACUACAUCUUGCCUGGGCCCCCAGGGUCCGAGGCUGUCAACGUCUCCUGCGAGAUCCAUGAUGCGGCUGCCAUGACGUGCACCUGGGAGGCAGGGCCUGCUGCACCUCCAGACGCUCGCUACUUCCUGGUCCUGCGCAACGCUACGGGCCACAAGCUGCCCGGAUGUCCCAGCGGCCCCGCCCCCUCCAGCUGCCGCAUCGAUGACCUCACAGGGCUGCCGGACCGGCUUCACGUGACCGUGGCCGGUUCGAGCCAGUCGGGCGGCUCCUUGAGGGCCUAUGACAUCAUCCUGAAUACCAAGGCCAUCGAGCGGCUGUCCCCGCCCCGCAACAUCACCGGAAGCUGCAAUGCCUCACACUGCGCAGUCUCCUGGGUUCCACCCCGCACCUGGGCCGCCAUGAGCUUCGCUGACUUCCGCUACCAGCUCGACCUGCGCAGCACAGACACGGACCCGGACACCAUGGUCACCGUCUCUAGCCGCCCAGAGAACCAGUUCGAGUUCCCAAGCCCAGAGCCACGGGAGGGUCACGUGGUCAGGGUGCGUGUGGGCGACGUGCGCAGCAAGCGGUGGAGUGCGUGGAGUCCCCCAGUGAAGUUUGGCGCUGACCGCCCCGCCGUCCCCCGCCUGCCUGUCUACAUCAUCAUGAUGGCCGUGACCCUGACCUGCGCCCUGGGCCUGGCGCUCGCCUGGAGGAGGUUCAUCUGGCAACGCCUCCUCCCCCGCAUCCCCGACAUCCGGGACAAAGUCAGCGACAACGCUUUGGUCAAUCCCCAGACUCUCAGGAAGGACCUGGCCUCGUAGGAAGCCCCGCCCCGGGGUCCUGGAACACAGAUGAAGCCCCACCCCCACCGACCCAGAAGUGAACCGAACCCAGAGAUGUUGACCUGGAAGUGAUUCAUUCUUCCUGGUGUUUUUAUUAAGAAAUAAACCCGAGCCUGGCAAUGA